UACAUCUAUUGCUUUUCAUUUCAGAGGCCAUCCAGUGAGAACAUGGGAAAGGAGAAUGUCACACUCCUGACAAAGUUUGUUCUCACAGGACUCACACACCAACCACAGUGGAAUAUUCCUCUGUUCCUGUUGUUCUUAGUGAUCUAUCUCAUCACUAUCAUUGGAAACGUUGGUCUGAUGACUCUCAUCUCAACGGAUCCCCACCUUCACAUCCCCAUGUACUUAUUCCUUGGAAGUUUAGCUUUUGUAGAUACAUCCAUAUCAUCUAUAGUGGUUCCAAAGAUGAUGGUGAACUUCUUUGCUAAGUGUCAACUGAUUUCUCUGCCUGAAUGCAUGCUACAAUUUUUUCUAUUUAAUAUCAGUGCAACCACGGAGUGUUUUCUCUUGGCAGCAAUGGCCUAUGAUCGCUAUACAGCCAUAUGCAAUCCUUUACUCUACCCAGUUGUCAUGAACAAUGGCCUUUGUAUACGUCUGAUAGUCUUGUCUUUUAUAGGUGGAAUACUUCAUGCUUUUAUUCAUGAAGGUUUUUUAUUGAGAUUAACCUUCUGUAAUUCCAACAUGAUACAUCACUUUUAUUGUGACAUUAUAUCAUUGUUAAAGAUUUCCUGUACUGACACGUCUCUUAAUUACCUAAUUGUUUUUAUUUUCUCUGGUUCAAUCCAGGUAUUCACUAUUUCAACUAUUCUUAUCUCUUACACACUUGUUCUCAUUACAAUUUUUAAAAAGAAAUCUGUCAAAGGCAUAAGGAAAGCCUUCUCCACCUGUGGAGCCCAUCUCUUGUCUGUGUCUUUGUACUAUGGCCCUCUUCUCUUCAUGUAUGUACGGCCUGCAACUCAACAAGUAGAUGAUGGAGACAUGAUAGACUCCUUAUUUUACACAAUCAUAAUUCCUGUGUUAAACCCAAUUAUUUACAGUCUGAGAAAUAAGCAAGUCAUAGAUUCAUUGACAAAAUUCUUAAAAAGAAUCGUUUAGAUUUCUUACUAUUUGCUUU